AUGUUUGACGAAAUUGACCAGGAAACUCUUAAUUUAAUCAUCGAGAUUCAGUUGCAGGAUGCCAAAAAUUUGAUAAGAGGAAAGCACCGCGAUGGCGAGCAACCCGAUACCGAGCUCGCAAUGCAGCUGUAUUGUCGCGAGCUCGAGUCCUUGGCCACGAUACGUUCUGACCACGCCAUGGGCCGUAGUAUGGCUCAUGCUGUCUUGUUAGAUGGCGAUACGAUCAGAAGCCAUCUUGAGGAAGAACAGCAAGCUGCGCGUGACCGAGAGUAUGCGAUCAAUGGAGAACCUUCAGCAGCAGUAUCAGGCACAGCGACACCAGACACGGUCAUCGAAGAUGAGAUGAUCAAGAAGCUUGCAGCCCUAUACAUUGGCUUUGAUGAUGAAGAGUACCCGACAGCUGGCGAAUCUUCGUCCGCACAGGCAAAGAGGACCAGCAAAUCGGCCUCAGCCAGUCUACGGCGACGAUGUCUCGCCUGCACGGCGGACGUUCCCUUCUUUGAAAUGGUGCAAUGUCCCUGCUCACACGAAUACUGUCGCGGAUGUAUAGCGGAAUUGUUCAAAGCGGCCAUGAGUGAUGAAUCCCUCUUUCCUCCUCGCUGCUGUGGCCAAUCGAUACCUCUCGGCAUUAAUCAGAUAUUCUUGACUGCAGAGCUGGUUGGAGAAUAUCGGGCAAAGGAGUUGGAGUACAACACGCCGAAUAGGACAUACUGUCACCAGCCUACUUGUUCUGCUUUUAUUCCUCUACAAUUUAUUCAAGGAGACACCGCAAUAUGUAUAAAGUGUCGGAGCGAGACCUGCACUAUUUGCAAGGGCCCAUCGCAUGACGAUCACUGCCCUGAAGAUAUGGCGACAUUGGAUGUUCUCCGUAUUGCGUCGGAGAACGGCUGGCAGAGAUGUUACUCAUGUCGUAGGGUGGUUGACUUGAGUACAGGAUGCAACCAUAUAACAUGCCGAUGUGGUGCCCAAUUUUGUUACGUCUGCGGAUUGCAGUGGAAAACCUGCACCUGUGAUCAAUGGGAUGAAAAUCGAUUGAUCGAUCGAGCAAAUGUUCUCGUUGAUCGGGAUGCAGAAGGGCAUCAAUUAGGGAGAGCACAGCGAGCUGCUCUUGUGGAACGCGCAAGACAUGACUUGGUUCAAAAUCAUCAGUGCUUGCACCAGAGAUGGAGAUCUCGUCGCGGCGCGUUUCGAUGCGACGAGUGUCACGACCGAAUGCCGGAUUACAUAUAUGAAUGCCGCGAUUGUCGCAUUCUAGGAUGUCGAAGGUGCCGGUACAAUCGCCUUUGA